GUUAGAGUGUUAGACGGAAGCCAUUCAUAGCUCCACUUUAACACUCAGGGCUAUGGCAGUACCGAGGCAAGCUCAUGGCGCCCUGUCCAUGGUUUUCGCUAUGCUCGUCGCAACAGCUGCUGUCGAAGCACAGAUGGAUGCAUGUGGCGCUGACCUCAGAGCGUUUCUUCCCUCACCUUUCAGUUCAUCCAGGCUCCACUGCGCACCGGUCUGGAACAACUUCAUCCUCAGGCAUUGGCAGAAUCAAGAUAACAUCAUCAGCAUUAUAUUAUCAGCAACUUAUACAUCAGGUUGGGUUGGUAUUGGUUUCUCCAAUGAUGGGAAAAUGGUUGGGUCAAGUGCCAUGAUCGGCUGGAUUGACAAUCAUGGCAGAGCAUAUAUCAAGCAGUACUACUUAGGCAGCCAGACUAGUUCAGGAGUCAAAGUUGAUCGAGGAAACUUGCUCACAACACAUACUCCUCCUGCAGUUGUGCUCUAUGGAGACAACAUUUACUUGGCAUUCCAAGUGAACUUUUCAGCUCAACUUGCCCAACCCAACAUUAUUUUGGCCUCCUCGGCAAUAACACCAAACACGUUUCAUCUAGCAGAACAUGAUGACAAGACAACGUUAUCUUUUGAUUUUUCAUCAGGUGAUCCUGUUAGCACUUACUAUCCAUACCAGCUGAAGAGAAAUCACGGUGCACUUGCGAUGUUUGGAUGGGGUAUUCUGCUACCUUUGGGGGCAAUCGUCGCUCGUUAUCUCAGGCAUAAGGACCCGCUUUGGUAUUACCUUCAUGUACUCCUGCAAUUUCUGGGUUACAUCAUUGGGCUUGCUGGGGUUGUUGCCGGCACUGCUUUGUACAACAGGAUACAUUCCAAUUUCACCACGCAUAGAGGCCUUGGCAUUUCAGUUCUUGCUCUUGGUUCCCUUCAGGUGAUUGCAUUUUUCCUUCAUCCUAACCCGGACUCUAAAACUCGCAAAUAUUGGAACCGGUACCACCACUGGUCUGGCAGGCUCUGUUUUUUCUUGGCAGCAGUCAACGUUGCUCUUGGAAUCGAAAUAGGUGGUGCCAACAUGUCAUGGAAAGUGAUUUAUGGGGCUUUUAUUUCUGUCGUCCUAAUCACUGUUACAUUUCUGGAGAUCAUGUUGUGGAAUAGGCUGGCCAAGGCCUCUACCCCCGGGAUCCAAAUGUCAACUUGUAGUUUGGAAUCCUGAAGCUGGAGAGAUAUCUACAGAGUACAGCUUAUUCCUGAGUAAAACAUCUGCAGAGUACAAUUUUCAGCUCUUUUUCUACUGCGUGUAUUCUGCAAACAUGGUUUUAGUUUUGUUGCCUCUUAUUUAAUUGUGAUCUCCUUAUAUUUAUGUGACAAAAUAGGUUGGGUUGUAUAAUGUUUUUUGCUGCCAACGAGCCAAUGUAUUUUUUUGUGUA